AAUCCUAUUUGUGCAAUUUUCCAAAAGGAAAAAAUGUAUUAGUUUGAAAUGACUGUAGUGGCCAGACAUAAGAGGCAGAGCAGAGAGUAAAAUCAAGGGCAUGAGAUGGAAAAGCAAGUCAAAACUAGUGAUAAAGGCAGCAGGCUUGCAGUAAUAAGCUCUCACUUGGUUACUCCUCAAAUCCCCAUGGCUGCUGCUUCUGAGAAGGAGGCUGCUCUUGCGGCCGUACCCUCUGAUUCUCCCACCAUAUUUGACAAGAUCAUCAACAAGGAAAUACCAUCUAAGGUGGUUUUUGAGGACGAUAAGGUCCUUGCUUUUAGGGACAUUAAUCCUCAAGCUCCGACACACAUUUUGAUCAUUCCCAAAGUUAGAGAUGGCUUAACUGGACUCUCUAAGGCAGAGGAGAGACACACUGAAAUUCUUGGUCAGCUUCUCUACACUGCCAAGCUGAUUGCCAAGCAGGAAGGUCUUGAUGAUGGCUUCAGGAUUGUGAUUAAUGAUGGGCCAAAUGGAUGCCAAUCCGUUUAUCACCUUCAUGUUCAUCUCCUUGGAGGACGUCAAUUGAACUGGCCUCCAGGCUAAUGCGGAGACGUGCUCGGAUGUUUUGCGAGAUUUCCACUGGAAGUCUGUAUUGGCAUGAAACUAGUAGUUUAUUGAUUGGAGAUCUCGAAACAGUUGUGAACUUGUGGUAGUUGGUAAAAACCUUAUUUCUUAAACCAUACCAUGUAUAAGUAAUAAUCUUGCCCGUUACCGAUGGCUUGGUUGUCACAUUUGAGGUUUUAUCAUUUCUGUCAUGAACGUCGAAAUUGGUUUCGAUGGAAAGACGAUAUUGAUAUUCCAGUGAGCUCUAGCUCCUAGUUCAGUGUU